AUGACAAUGACAUCGUUAAUCGGACACAUGCUUGAGCUUGAUUUCGGUCGUGAAUUUAAAAGUUGGCAAGGAACUAGCCCAGAGGAUUUGUUUGAGGCGCCUGUAUAUCGCAACGUUUCAAAGAAUUCUGAAGGCGUGGCAGCAAAUUUGCGACAACUGUCACGGAACUCGGAUGUCCUAUUUAUAUGGACGGAUUGUGAUAGAGAAGGGGAAGCUAUUGGUGCUGAAGUGGAGAGCAUAUGUACUCAAGUGAAUCGUCGGAUACAAGUAUGGCGGGCUCGUUUUUCAGCAAUGCAAGCCGGACCCAUCCACCAUGCAGCCAACAAUCACGUUCAACUAGACAGACGGCAAGUUGCUGCAGUAGAAUCACGGUCAGAACUGGAUUUGCGGAUUGGUGCAGCAUUCACGCGAUUACAAACUAUCCGGCUGAACGAGUUUUUCAAUAACACUGAAAGGGCGAUUGUGAGCUAUGGCUCUUGUCAAUUUCCUACAUUGGGCUUUGUGGUCGAUCGAUAUAUGGCGAUCAAGAACUUUGUCUCUGAAGAAUUCUGGAGGAUCGACAUGGAAUAUGCACCGCAACCCGCAAAAAAGAACGACGAAACGGACAAAGCUGUCAAGUUCAACUGGAAGCGAGGCCAUAUAUUUGAUUAUUGGUCGUCGUUUGCUCUCUAUGAAAGCUGUUACAAAAACCCAAUGGCAACGGUCAAGCGUGUUCAAAAAAAGAGGGUUACCAAACGGAAGCCAUUGCCUUUGACAACAGUUGAAAUGCAGAAGCUUGCCACUCGUGUUUUAGGUUUUACUGGUGACCGAGUCAUGAGUGUUGCAGAAGACCUUUAUCGAAAUGGUUUAAUUAGCUAUCCAAGAACCGAAACAGAUCAGUUCCCGAAGAAUUUCGAUUUUAUGACACUGGUUCAGAUGCAAGGAAACGAUAGGUCUUGGGGUACUUACGCACAACUGAUACGAGAUGGAGAGUUCGAACAACCCCGAAGUGGUGGACACGACGACAAGGCGCAUCCACCUAUUCAUCCGACUGCUUACGACAUGAACUUGAGUGGUGACGCUCGCCGACUUUACGAAUUUGUUGUCCGUCGUUUUCUUGGAUGUUGUUGGAAGGAUGCCGUGGGACAUGAAACGGUCGUUGACGUCCAAAUCGCUGGUGAAAUGUUUGAUGCAAAAGGCCUUAUCAUUGCCGAACGCAACUACCUCGAGGUAUACACCUACGACAAAUGGAGCACGCACGUUCUUCCAAAUUUUCAAGAAAACGAACAGUUCAUGCCAUCAGUAUUACAACUUAACAGUGGCAAAACAGAGCCACCUAAACUACUGACGGAAUACGAUCUAAUCAGCUUGAUGGAAAAGAAUGAGAUUGGUACCGACGCGACUAUCGCAGAGCAUAUCAAAAAGAUUUGCGAUCGACGUUAUGUUUACAAAGACGGUCAAUACUUUAAUCCAUCAACACUUGGAAUUGCACUAGUGCUGGGCUACGACGAGAUCGGAUUUGAAACAAGUUUAAGUAAGCCCUUCUUACGUCGUGAGGUAAGUCCAUAUAAGCAGGAGAAUCGAAUGAUGAAAGCUGUAUGA